UUUGUGGAGAUAAGAUAGGGACAGUCUUGGAGAAAAGGGGGCUGGCAGUGCUGGCAGCCUGUUGUUAGCGUUCUCAGUUGCUAUGCUUUUGGGUAAUAUGGAGAUAACCAUAGCCUCUUCUCCCUAGGAUAAUAUAUGUUUCAUAAGAUUAAAGUUGAAGAAUAUGCAUUAUGUCAACUUCCAGAAACUUGUUGAAACAAAAAAUGGUAGAGAUGUUGGCAACUGUUUUUAAUCUAGUCAUUUAAUAUAAAAGCACGAAACUCACAUAUCAUGUAGAAGAAUCGGUGAUCUUGUUGCUAACAUCCUAACCUAACCAAAUCUAAACAUUGUGUAGGUAAGGAGGUUAAGCUGCAUCCAGAUGAUCGAGCUGUGUAUGUAAGCACAAAUGGGCAAUUUGCCCAUUGUCUGGCCUACCAUUUGUGAUCAAUAACAUAUUUGCAAAGUGUCUGGUUUGGUAAUUGUGUGAAAUCAUCAGACACUGCUCAUGCCAAACAACCAUUUCCUCUGACUACUGUUUGGGUUUGAUUGUGCCAGACUGACACAGUGUGGUCAACAUUACAUUUAUGUCUGUGGAUUUUGCUUGGUGGCGAGCAGUGGUGUCAAGCUGUGCUUAAUCAUGUGGACACACAAUUAACACCAAUAUCAAGAUAAGAAAUGUGAUGGCAUUCAUAGCAUGAAUGGCAGGGCUAUGUGACUCCUCUAAAUAUUUGUUUUUUUUUUAAUGCUUCAACAAGUUUCUGGAAGUUGAUUUAUAUCACAUGAUAUUCUGCAGCCUUAGUUCCAUCUGACAUGUAUUAACCUUAGGGGAGAAGAGGGCAAGAUUACCUCCAUAUUAUUCUGCAUUUCUGUUGCACAUGGGGUGAGUGAGGAUACUGCCACAUGGGACAGGAGAGACUACUAGGGUAACGAUGGAUGCUGCGGAGGUUGAAUUUCUGGCUGAGAAAUUGCCAAUCACUGUUGUACCAAACUUCACUCAAGACAAACUUUACCUUAUAUCAGGUGAUGUGGGACCAUUCACCCCAGGAAUCCCAGUGGAGGUGCCUCUGUGGCUUGGGUUAAACCUACGUCAGAGAAGUAAAUGUCGCAUAGUUAUUCCUGACUGGCUGCAAGAAGAGAAACUAGCUGAGAAAAAGGAAGAAGAGGCCCAGUCUAAGGUGUUUACAGAAAUGCCAUGUGAGCAUUAUAUGAUUGUUGCUCAGUUACUGCUAUCUGCUGAGCCUGAAGGCAUUCCCAACUCACAACAGGUUAAAACUCUUCUUAAGGACAUCUGGGACUUGCGCAUCUCUAAGCUACGGUCGUCUGUGGCAGAUUUCAUCCUUAGUGAAGGAUCACACGCAAAGUUGGAUCGACUAACACACAUGGAAAUUAACAGCAUCAGACCCUUCCUUCCUCACUCAUUAGAUCAGGUAUACCGUCUUGCAAAAUCAGUGCAUAACACUGAACUUUCUCAAACACAAGACUAAAUGGAGGAUUUGAGGAUACAAACUUAAUAUAAUAUGUAUUCCUUCUAUGCAUGUGGUAGCCUUUUGCAAAGGUGUUCACGUAACCAAGUUUCUACAUAAUGUGUGUUCUACUUUCCUAUUGAAUCUUAAUACAGAUUGAAAUCAUGUUAAAUUUUCUGACUGGAUAUAUAUACGUAUAUAUAUAUAUAUAUAUAUAUAUAU